AUGGAGAUCGAGCUCGCUUAUGGUGAAUCUCGCGGAUAUUGGAAACAUUAUUCACCCGGGAAGUGGUUCAAACAAGCGAAAGCCGUUGGCAAGAUCAACAACGUAAAAGCUACUCUGUUAUUUGAUUCUGGUGCUGAAGUGUCGAUCAUUGACACCACCUUUGCUCGUGAGGUCGGUUGCAAUAUUGACGAAAGUCAACGACAAGAAUGUAUCGGGAUUGGAGAAACUCCGUACAUGACGGUAGGACGUACCAAGAUCAAGGUGACCCUCGCGGGAUCGCUGGUAUACUAUUUCAAUGUAUGGGUAGGCGAUCUGGCAGGGCAAGAAGCGAUUCUGGGUAUGGAUUUUAUGGUGCCUGCUGGAUGGUGCGGCUCGAUCUAG